AUGCCGCCAUCCCGUCCCAACGCCCCUUUCAGCGAGCCUUACUGGCACUACGGGGCCCCGCCUCCAUACUAUACAGAGUCCCAUUUCAAGCUGCAGGUCGAAACUCGAGCUUAUGUGAACGAGUACAUCACUCCUUUCUGCGAAGAGUGGGAACGGCAGGGAUCCAUACCUCGUGAGGCAAGUAAGAUACUCCACAACAGAAGCAGCCUUGGCUACGUUGCCGCUGGCCUGUUUCCGCCCGAGCCUGACUACCUGGGCGAGGUCAUUCUGCCUUGUGGGAUUCCCCCGGAUAAGUGGGAUGGCUUCCACGACCACAUUGUCGUUGACGAGUUGACUCGUUGCGGGCACAUGGGUGUUGUCUGGGCGCUUGCCUGUGGGAACAUCAUCGGCUGCCCGCCGCUCAUUAACCACGGGACAACCGAGCAGAAACGGCGCCUUCUGCCGUCCAUUUACGACGGUACCACAAGGUUCUGCUUGGCAGUUACUGAGCCCUCAGCCGGCUCCGAUGUGGCAAACAUCAAAACUGUUGCCAAGCGCCAAGGAGACAAGUACAUCGUGAACGGUACCAAGAAAUGGAUCACAAACGGCGUGUAUGCCGACUACUGUACGGCUGCCGUCAGGACUGGCGGCCCGGGUCAGUCAGGCAUCUCGGCUCUCGUCAUUCCAUUGGACUCCAAAGGCGUGACUAGGCGACGGAUGGAUAACUCGGGCAUCAAUGCUAGCGGGUCGACCUUUAUCGAAUUUGACGAUGUCGAGGUCCCCAUUGGGAACUUGCUGGGAAAGGAAAAUGAGGGGUUCGGAAUCAUCAUGAACAGCAAGUCUUCCCAACCCAUCUCUUCCGCUAUCAUCGCUGACACCCCGUUGCAGAUUUUAAUCAUGAACGACUAUGGCUUGCAACUAUCUGUCUGCGUCUUGCUCGAGUCUAAGCUCAUAGAGAACCAAAUCAUCCGUGCCAAGCUCGUCGACUCUGGCAAGAAGAUCCAAGCCGCCUAUGCUUGGUUGGAACAGCUCAUCUGGACCCGUGAGCGUCUGGCAAACCACGAUGGUCCAGAUACUCUGGGUGCCAGCGUUGCCAUGCUCAAGACGCUGUCUGCUCGCACUCUCGAGGAGACGGUACGCGAGGCGCAGCAGAUUUUUGGUGGGCUGGGAUACUCCAAGAAUGGCCGCGGGAGAGUCGUGGAGCAGAUCAGCCGCGACUUUAGAGUUCUUGUGGUGGGGGGUGGGAGCGAGGAGAUUUUGACAGACUUUGCAUACAGGCAAGAGGCUCGAACUCUCAAAAGGCAUACCAAUGGAACCGCAAAGCUGUGA